UGCGGCGCCCACGUGACCGGUGCGCGGGGAUUCGGAUCGCGGGUGCUGAGGCAGCGGCGGCCUUGGGUGUGGGACAGCAGGAUGGGAAUCCAUGGCCUGGCCAAGCUGAUUGCGGACAUGGUUCCCAGUGCCAUCCGGGAGAAUGACAUCAAGAGCUACUUUGGGCGGAAGGUGGCCAUUGACGCCUCCAUGAGCAUCUACCAGUUCUUGAUUGCUGUGCGCCAGGGGGCUGAUGUGCUGCACAACGAGGAGGGCGAGACCACCAGCCACCUGAUGGGCAUGUUCUAUCGCACCAUCCGCAUGGUGGAGAAUGGCAUCAAGCCCAUCUACGUCUUUGAUGGCAAGCCCCCCCAGCUGAAGUCAGGGGAACUGGCCAAGCGGAGUGAGCGCCGUGCUGAGGCGGAGAAGCAGCUGCAGGAGGCCCAGGAGGCAGGCGAGGAGGAGAACGUUGAGAAGUUCAGCAAGAGAUUGGUCAAGGUAACCAAGCAGCAUAAUGAUGAAUGCAAGAAGCUGCUGUCAUUGAUGGGCAUCCCUUAUGUGGAAGCACCGGGCGAGGCUGAAGCCAGCUGUGCCACCUUGGUGAAAGCUGGCAAAGUCUAUGCAGCUGCCACUGAGGAUAUGGACUGCCUGACCUUUGGCAGUCCGGUGCUCAUGCGACACCUCACAGCUAGCGAGGCCAAGAAACUGCCUAUCCAGGAAUUCCACCUGAACCGCAUCCUGCAGGAGCUGGACCUGACAUGGGAGCAGUUUGUGGACCUGUGCAUUCUCCUGGGCUGUGACUACUGUGAGAGCAUCCGUGGUAUUGGGCCCAAGCGUGCCAUUGAGCUCAUCAAGCAACAUAAAACCAUUGAGAAGAUCAUGGAGCACAUAGACACUAAGAAGUACCCUCUUCCUGAGAACUGGCUGCACAAGGAAGCCCAACACCUCUUUUUGCAGCCUGAUGUGGUAGACCCUGAGGCUGUGGAGUUAAAGUGGGGUGAGCCUGAUGAAGAUGGUCUUGUCCGGUUUAUGUGUGGGGAGAAGCAGUUCAAUGAAGAACGGAUCCGCAAUGGGAUCAAGAGGUUGAGCAAGAGCCGCCAAGGUAGCACUCAGGGCCGAUUGGAUGACUUCUUCAAGGUGACUGGCUCCAUUACUUCAGCCAAGCGAAAGGAGCCAGAGCCCAAGGGACCAACCAAAAAGAAAGCAAAAGGCAAUGCUGCAGCUGCAGCAAAGUUCAGAAAGGGGAAAUAGCUGGACUUUCCAAAACUCUGCUUGCUCUUUUCUGCUUCCAUGUUCUCCACAAGUUUUAAAUUUGGUAGAAAAUCCUUGUGUGUGCUGCUCUAAAUUAUGCCUUACAAGCAGGAUGGGGGGAGGAGGGGGUGGGGAUUGAUGAUGCCUGUGCUUCUGUUCCUGUACAUAGUGAUUCCCCAUCAGGACUAGAUUAGCAAAUUAGAUUAAGAGUCCUCUAACAAGCAACAGCAUGGCCACAAUUCUGAUGGAAGGGUGGAUGAAAAAAAUGGGAGACUGGGAGGAAUUAAAAGUAUGAGCAUAGGACAAACCAGGGCUGAGCGAGCUUCACUAGCAAUCCAGUAACAAUGUUCGUUACUUUUAAACUGACUUAGUCUUGAGGCCCACAGGCAGUGGGGAUGCUGCAUAGAGCAUGCACUUGGAACCUGUAGGGAAGCGGUAUACAGCCUUGAUCUCCAGUCACGCUGAAAAAGUAGUGUUGACUAACCAGAAAGCAAACCAAAUCUAAAUGUAGGAAAGAGGCUUUCUCUUCAGAAAGCCCAGGACUUCACCCAAAGAACAGUAGCAUGGGAGGGAUGAAGACUGAAACAGAACAUGGGAGAAGAAA